AAUCAUAGUUUUUGUCCUAACAUAUAAAAUUAUUUAUUUAUUUUUGGUAAAAUCUUAACUCCGUAAAAACUAGAAGGAUGGAAUGAUUUUUGAAGUAAUUUUUUCAGUUUCAAAAGCCCUACACCGAGACUCACGCAAAUGCAAAAAAUCCAGUACCAAUCCCAUUCUCACUCCUUCCCGGGAGACAUGUCGAACGUGGUCGUCGUCCUCGACAAUGGCGGUGGCCUUAUCAAGGCCGGUCUCGGCGGCGAACGCGACCCAUCCACCGUCCUCCCCAACUGCCUCCUCCGCCCCCUUUCCUCCAAGAAAUGGCUCCACCCCUCCCCUACCAUCGCCGCCUCCUCCGAAGACCCACUGGACCUCACCUCCGCCGCUGUGCGUCGUCCCCUCGACCGCGGCUACCUCAUCAACCCUGACCUCCAGCGAGACAUCUGGGCUCACCUCUUUAACUCCCUCCUCCAUAUCAGCCCCUCUCAGUCCUCACUGCUACUGACCGAGCCCCUCUUUGCCUUGCCCUCCAUCCAACGCGCCACGGACGAGCUCGUCUUCGAGGACUUCAACUUUUCAGCACUUUACGUCGCCGACUCCCCCUCCCUGGCCCACCUCUACGAGACCAGCCGCCGCCACGUCGUCUCGAGGGGUGCGGCCCAGUGCAGCCUCGUGGUUGACUGCGGGUUCUCCUUCACCCACGCUGCCCCCGUGUUCCAGAACUUCACCCUCAACUACGCCGUCAAACGUAUCGACCUCGGAGGCAAAGCCCUCACCAAUUACCUCAAGGAGCUCGUCUCCUACCGUUCCGUAAACGUCAUGGACGAGACCUUCUUGAUGGACGAUGUCAAAGAGAAGCUCUGCUUCGUCUCCCUCGACGUCGCGCGUGACCUAGGCGUCGCAAGGAAGCCCGGGAAGAAAAACUUGUUGAGGUGCACUUACGUGCUUCCAGACGGUGUUACGCACACCAAGGGCUUUGUUAAGGACCCGGACCAAGCACAGAGAUACCUGUCGCUGACAGAUGGGGCUCCACCUUCAAACUUAGGAGCUAAGGUGGAUAUGGACCACAUUGAGGUUACAGAGAAACCUGAGGACCGAAAGAGAAUUGAUUUAACCAAAAAUGAGUUUGACUUGACAAAUGAGCGCUUCCUUGUCCCAGAGAUGCUCUUCCAUCCUGCGGAUCUGGGAAUGAACCAGGCUGGGCUAGCAGAGUGCAUUGUUCGAGCUGUCAAUUCUUGCCAUCCUCAUCUUCACCCUAUACUCUAUGAAAGCAUUAUUUUAACAGGUGGAAGCACGUUAUUUCCUCGAUUUGCUGAGAGAUUAGAGAGGGAGCUUCGGCCUCUUGUCCCUGAUGACUACCAAGUGAAGAUGACAACUCAAGAAAAUCCCAUACUAGGUGUCUGGCGGGGGGGAUCACUUUUGGCAUCCAGUCCUGAUUUUGAAGCAAUGUGUGUCACUAAAUCCGAGUAUGAGGAGCUCGGAUCUGCCCGAUGUCGAAGGAGAUUCUUCCAUUGAGUUCUUGAUAUCUUGAAGCCUGAAGAUUGGCAAGGAAAUUAUACAUGACAGAGAUGUUGCUGAGAAUCGGACUGUCUUAUAAACGCGGGGGGGGGGGGGGGGGGGGGGGGAAGUACCUUUGGUGGUUUUAUAUGGGGACAGAGAUCUUAAUGACCCUGUUCAAUUCGUUGCCAUGAUAUAAUAAAGUGCAACACUCUGGCUUCUUGGAUCUUUAAGCUGAAGGAUGCCCUGG